UUCAGUAUCACACAAGGUCAUCGCCAUCAGCGCCAUUCAUCAACCCCCUCGCUGAUCUUUUAUCGCCAAGAUGGUUCUCGCGAUCGACCUCCUCAACCCCACGCCUCAGGCUGAGGCCCGCAAGCACAAGCUCAAGACCCUUGUGCCCCAGCCCCGCUCGUUCUUCAUGGACGUUAAGUGCCCCGGCUGCUUCACCAUCACCACCGUCUUCUCUCACGCCCAGACCGUUGUCAUCUGCGCUGGCUGCUCCACCGUUCUGUGCCAGCCCACCGGUGGCAAGGCCCGUCUGACCGAGGGCUGCUCGUUCCGCCGCAAGUAAACGAGACGCUACGAAAUAACUUCUUUUCUUAUUUUGUCUUGUUGAAACGCACAGUGGGGAAUAGCAUGGAGCAAUGGGGAUGAAAAUACCACAUCUGGGUUUUUGGACCUUGCACUACUUCGGUUCGGUUCGACGAGAGACCGCCGUGAAAAAUGUCACAUACCAAAUCAACUCCUUUUCUCAAUGAACGAUCCCCGGUCGAGAAUUCGAUACCGUUUGAUCCCGUGGGGUUACUUCUAUUGAGGAGGCAAUGAUAUGAUACGAUUCCAAACGUACUUCCUUUUUUCCUCUACACCUAUUACUCUUCCUUUU